GCGGGGCGGGGUGACCGCAGGCGGUGUCGGCGGCGCGGCCUGGCCUGGGCCGGCGGAGGUCCAUGAUGUUAUGUCAACUGCUAGUGCUUGUCUUUGGAAUAUCACUAGCUAGUGAUGUAUAUGCAUUUAGAAGCUGUUAUUCAGAAGCCCAAGUCUCCAUAUAUUAUUAUUGCAACCUCACAGAUAUUCCAACUGUGCCAAAGGAUACAGUCAAGCUUUUGCUAACUUUCAACUAUAUCACACAAGUGACUGCAACUUCAUUUCCGCUGCUGGAGCACUUGUUUCUGUUGGAAAUCGGAACGCAGUAUGUCUAUCCUGUUACCAUAGGAAAAGGAGCUUUCAGGAACCUGCCAAACCUUCGUAUCUUAGACUUGGGAUACAACAGGAUUCUUCAACUGGAUAUUGAUGCUUUUGUGGGCUUGCAAAGCCUGGCUGUACUCCGUCUGUUUCAGAACAGCCUUGGAGAUUCCAUCCUGGAGGAACAUUACUUUCACGAUUUGAGCUCAUUAGAAGAAUUGGAUCUUUCAGGGAACCAGAUCACAAAACUUCAGCCUCAUCCCUUGUUUUAUAAUCUGACCUCCUUGAAAACUCUGAACCUGAAAUUCAACCCGAUAUCCAACCUGUGUGAGAGCAAUCUGACCAGCUUCCGAGGAAAACACUUCUUAUUUUUUAUCCUCAAUUCAAAUUACUUGUACAAGACAGAUGAAACAACCUGGGCAAAAUGCUCAAAUCCUUUCAGCAACAUCACGUUUACCACACUAGACCUUGGUUCCAAUGGCUGGAGCACAGAGAGAGUCAAAGCUUUCUCUUCAGCCAUUAAAGGGACGCAAAUAGGUUCUUUAAUAUUUAGCUUUCAUAUAAUGGGUUCUGGAUUUGGCUUUAGUAACUUAAAAAACCCAGAUCAGGAUACGUUUGCAGGACUAGCGAGAAGUGAUCUCCGUUUGCUUGAUAUUUCAAAUGGCUACAUUUUCUCUCUGAAAUCUUUAAUCUUUCAAAGCCUUGGUAGUCUGGAAUCACUGAACCUUUUCAAAAACAAGAUAAACGAAAUCCAAAGGCAAGCAUUUUUUGGCUUGAGAAACCUAAAAACUCUCAAUCUCUCAAGUAAUCUUUUAGGCGAGUUGUAUGAUUAUACUUUUACAGGUCUACAUAGUGUAAUGUAUAUUGAUCUACAGCAAAAUCAUAUUGGGAUAAUUCAAGAAAAAUCAUUCAGUAACUUAGUAAGUCUGAAAACAAUUGAUCUUCGAGACAACGCCAUUAAAAAGCUCCCUUCCUUUCCACAUCUGACCUCUGCUUUUUUAGGUGACAAUAAACUAAUGUCCAUAGCUGGCAAAACACUAGGAGCAACAUACCUGGAAUUAGAAAGAAAUUGGUUGGCAAACCUGGGUGACCUGUACAUCCUUCUCAAAGUUCCAGAUGUACAGUAUAUCUUCUUAAAACAGAAUCGCUUCUCCUAUUGUGUGAAAAAUGAUAACUUCAUACAAAACAAACAGUUAAUCUAUAUGGAUCUAGGUGAAAAUAUGUUACAGCUUGUGUGGGAGAGAGAUUUAUGUUUGGAUGUGUUCCAUGGACUGUCCAAACUUCAGGUUCUGCAUCUGAAUAACAACUACCUUAGUGCUCUUCCACAGGAAGUUUUUAGAGGUUUAAUAUCCCUAAAAAGACUUAAUCUAGCUUCCAACCUAUUGUCUCAUCUUUCUCCUGGGAUUUUUCCAGAAACCCUGACAAACCUGAACUUAUCUGGAAACCAGCUUUUUUCCCCCGAUCCUGAAAUCUUUAUGACUUUGAGUAUUUUGGAUAUAACACAUAAUAACUAUGUUUGUGACUGUACUUUAAAGAGCCUACUAGUGUGGCUAAAUGAAACCAACGUAACCCUAGCUGGCUCAGAGUCUGACAUGUACUGUGUAUACCCACCUGCAUUUGCAGGGGUACCACUGUCAUCUCUGACAUAUGAUGGUUGCAGUGAAGAUGAACUCCAGCAGACACUCAGGUUCUCAUUAUUUGUCUUCACCUCUGUCACUCUUCUAAUGUUUCUGAUGGCAGUCAUCAUUUUUACUCGCUGUCGGGGUAUUUGUUUUGUCUGGUAUAAAACUAUAACCAAAAAAGUGAUAGAUGAUAGGCGUCCAAAAGUAGCAGACAAAAGCGAAUACAAAUAUGAUGCGUAUUUGUGCUACAGCAAAAAUGACUUUGAAUGGGUCCAGAAUUCUUUGCUGAAGCACUUGGAUUCACAGUAUUUUGAUAAAAACAGAUUUACCUUGUGCUUUGAGGAAAGAGAUUUCUUGCCUGGGGAAGAACAUAUCAACAAUAUUAGGGAUGCCAUUUGGAACAGCAGGAAAACAAUUUGCAUUGUGACCAGGCAGUUUCUCAAAGAUGGGUGGUGUGUGGAAGCCUUUAAUUUUGCCCAGAGCAGGUACUUUUCUGAUCUGAAGGAUGUCCUCAUUAUGGUAGUGGUUGGGUCCCUUUCUCAAUAUCAGCUGAUGAAACACAAACCAAUUCGAAACUUCUUACAAAGGAGUCAGUAUCUGCGGUGGCCUGAAGAUUAUCAAGAUGUGGACUGGUUUUUAAAUAACCUUUCUUGCCAAAUUCUGAAGGAAAAGAAAGUGCAAAAGAAAGGUAAUGGUGUAGAGCUGCAGACUGUAGCAACACUCUCACAUUGAUAGUGUGUGGGUCACUGGCUUAUUAAAUAGCCCAUUUCAAGCUGUGCCAUGGCAGGAAUAAACAGAAGUUGGCUUCAUCUUUCCUUGGAAAAGCAGGCAGAAAGAUAACUGUUUCAGUAUAAAUCCUACUAAACAAGGAGACUGCUUGAAAGCAGUCGGCAAAUAUGUCGAGGUGCAAUUUUUUUAUGGGCUAUGACCAUCAUUUUCAGAAGAAUGAAAUGAAUCACAGAUGCUUCACAUUUUGGAUGCUCAGCUUCAGACACUAAAGAAUUCAGAUUUUUGGAAUACUACUUACUGACAGGUCUAUUUCAGUUAGAGAAGGUGGUUGUUUUAAUCAGAGUCCAUGGUACUGUACAGGAGUGACCAAGUAUGCUUUCAUGUAUGGCCUAGCCUGACCAUGGGCUUACUCCUUUCUGAACUCAGUAACUUUUCAUGCUCUGUUUCAAAGUAGAACCAGUGCUUUGCACCUUUAUACUUUAAAUGGGUGUAACACAUUUCAUUUAUUUAUCUACUCAAUUAGCCUCAGCUUCCCAACUGGAAUGUACAAACUUUGAACUUCAUCCAUCCCCUUCCCCUCCACAACUUCUCUGCUUGGUGGUAAAACGAGGGUCAUUGGUCUACUUCAUUUACUGCUGUUCCAGCCGAGUGCUUUUUCAGUUGUGCUGCCUCCUGCCCUGCAGAGAGGAACAGGUAUCCCCAAAGAGCUGAAGCAAGGCUGAGCUUGAAAAGCAAACAAGAAACUACCUCAACAGCCGUGCAGGCUAUACACCAGUGACACAGCUGAUAGCGCAGUGACUGCCUGACACCUUUCACACACCCUGGGAGUGGAAAGUACAAAGUGGUGCGUAAUUUGGGUUGUUCAUCCCGUGUCCUGAUCAAUUCUAUAAGGUGGGG